AUGGCCACCGCCGUCUACGGCGCGACCCAGUCACAUUCCACCACCUCGACCCUCGUCAACGACGGCUCACCUCCUGACGAGCACUCGUACUCGACCUUCUUUUGCCGUGCUCUCUACGACUAUCAGUCUGCAGACGAUGCAUCACUGUCUUUUCGCAGGGGCGACAUCAUCGAGGUCUUGACGCAAUUAGAGACGGGCUGGUGGGAUGGCUUACUUGGUGACGAGCGCGGGUGGUUCCCCUCAAAUUACGUGGUCGUCAUUUCCGACGAAGAGGCCGACGCUGCACUGUCGGCGUCGGAAUAUGCUCACGCCCCGCAGCAGUCUACGCUCGCAGAUACCUCUACUGUGGGCGUCUCUCAGAGCGCGUCUGAACUUCCCGGAAUGGCAAUAUCUGCGAGCACCUCACGCUCACGUCCGCGUACAGACGGCGAUGGGAACUGGUUGAACCCAGAGAUGGAAUUUGAAUCUUCGCGAGGCGCGCUAAACGAGCUCGCGUCUGCCGCUAUGGACAACCCUACUCAGUCUAGUGAUUUCUGGAUGCCGCAGGUAUCUGCAGACGGACAGAUAUUCUAUGUUAAUACGCAGACGGGACAGCACUCUCGUGACUUGCCAACGGAAGCCGAAGAGGACCUGAAUGACAGCGAUUUCAGUGGAAUGGCUGCCCAGCAGCGUGCUCGAUCAGGGUCUAGUGCUGCUUUCGGACAAGCAAGGCAGACAAAUAACACCUCUGCCGGGUUUGGUCUCCCUCGACGUUCAAAUACUCCUGAACCUUGGGUGCGACGGCUGGCUGACGAUGGGAUGUCUUAUUAUUACAUUAACAAGCUGGAUGGCACUGUGCAGUGGACGGUACCAGAGGUGUCGAACACCUCUCGAACGAAUGGCCAUUCUCGUAGUGUCCCCUCCUCUAAUCCUUCAGCCCUUGAACGACGCAGCGACAGUGCUGCUGGGGGCGCUAGCGUUUACUCUGACGACUCCGAUGUGGACCCAAUAGAUAGACGUCCCCCCGUUUCUUCGGCCAACGGAAAUGGAACGCGUUCUCAUGAGAUACGGCAGGUUCUCACGCAGAGUCGACUGCCCCAACCCCAGGACUUCGGUGAGUUGACCUCCGCUGAAAAGUACGCGCAGGACUUGCAGCAAGUGCUUGCGCCCCCAGCACCCGACUCUAUGACGGACCUCGCUGGGGUUGCCAGACAGGCUGUCGCAGCCGUAGUCGAUUUCAUUCAGGCGCAUGAUGUCUUGGGCCGCCUCCCGCAGCAGCAAGAGCUCGAUAAUCAUAUCCUUGACGCCGUCGUCGCUAUCCGGAAUCUUCUCUGCAUCUCUUCUCCGCCCUACGGACACAUCUCUAGCAGCCUGUAUCCAAAAGAAGGGCUCGACCCGAAGGCGAACGCUUUGCUACAGACGUUACAGGCCCAGCUGAAACCCGCACAACGCAAAGUCACAGCGACACUAUCGAAGCUUGUGCUUGCCGUUCUUGCUGCACAAUAUGACCCUAGUACAUCCUCCAUCGAUACUCCGACGCGUAUGGAGGCUGACGCUGCUGAACUUGACCGUGCACUGGUCGCGUUCGUUUUGGAGGUGCAACGGAGCAACAGCCAAGCUGCUAUGCAGCCUACUUACAUCAAACCAAAUCAAAAGCGGCUACGAGCUGCCUUCGCUCCGAAUAAUAUUGGCCUAGGACUCAUCGGUGCUGGCGCUGCGGGAGAUUGGAAAGGGUUUGGAUGGGUUGCGCCCAACGGUGCUGGUGAAUCACCGCAACGAGUUUUAGGAAAUGAUGUCUUGAUUGAGCUCAGAGCGAGCGUGUCUGAUCUAGAUGGCAGACUUGCCGCCCUGGGCUCGUUUCUGGCGACCCCUGAUGCAGAGGGCUCGGACGAGGACGUGUAUAUGCAGACAGUCCACAAGGCACAGGUUCUCGUCCGUACCCUAGAAGCGGCGACUCAGGCAUUAUACGACGACGGCUCCGUCUUGCUUUUAAAGACACAAGCCUACACGCAUUCCCAGCGCGACGAAUCAUCUCAGAAUACAGAUGUACUUAGUUCUGUGGUUGGCUCUCUCAAGGCGAAUAUGGGUUUGGUCCAACAGACGCUGGACACUUUGUUCAAGCUAGGACAAGAACAGCAGGAGAUCGCAAACAACGACUACAACGACUCGAUUGCCUGGCGGAUGUCGCGCAUCAGUAUGAUUGACAGCAACCUAGGUCGCACCCUUCGUGAGAUCUCAGAUUUCACAGCAAAUCCGUAUCAUCCGGAGGAGGAGGAUGUUGUAGACCUCGACUUCGCGCUCCGUAAGCCAGCGGUUAAACCGUCAAUGGACCGCUCGCAAAGCACACCAGCUCUUUAUAGCAAUCCGUCUGGCACGUCGGAAUCUUCUCUCGAGAUGUCGAGACCACGGGCGGGGAGCUCCGUCACGGCUGUGUCGCAGCACAAAGCCACGAACAGCACCACAGUAGGAUCUGCACCUUCCAUGAUGAAAUCUCCCUCGCGUGCCGACAAGAUUGUGAAGAUAUUUGGCGAGCAUCCCAAACACAUCAUCGAAACGAUCAAUGCAGAGACGAAACCGUGGUACCUGCGGCCAACAUACAGCCAAACAGAGAUCCUUAUUGAUCCUGAUGGCAAAGUACGAGCUGGAACAGUUCCUGCACUUGUAGAACGUCUGACUGCUCACGAACACUCAGGUAAGCGGCACUAUACGAUGUUCAGCAAAACUUUCCUCUUGACGUAUAAGUCAUUCACGGAUUUAGAUACCCUCUUCGAUCUUCUCGUUCAAAGGUUUUGGAUUGACCCACCAGAGGGUCUGAACCCUCAGGAACUUGACGAAUGGAUACGGCUCAAACAGCAUGUCAUUCGGACUCGAGUCCUCAAUACAUUCAAAACAAUGAUAUUGGAUACAGGGUUCCUGGAGAAGGAAGACGCAUAUAUUCUUGACCGUAUGAAGGAGAUGGUCUCCGGCGAGGGUGUCAUACAUUUGGCUGCCGCGAAGCAGUUGCUGGUGCUGGUAGAACGCGCGCAAAACGGUGAUACCGUUCAAGCGAAGACCACGCUCUCGUUGGAUCCACAGCCCACACCUAUCAUUCCCAAAUUGUCGAAGAAGCAGAAGCUUUUAGACUUUGAUCCCCUAGAGGUUGCCCGUCAGUUGACAAUCAUUGAGAGCUAUCUGUAUCAGAAGAUCAAGCCUUCUGAAUGUCUUGUUCGAUCCCGGGAACAAAAACCUGGUGAAAACAAUGAUAACAUUGCGACGAUUAUCGAGACGACAAACAAGAUCGCGCAUUGGGUGGCCGAUACUGUGCUAAGCAAAGAAGAUUCACGUAAACGUGCUGCGAUAGUAAAGCAGUUCAUCAACGUGGCCGACCGAUGUCGGAAUCUGCUCAAUUUCUCAAGCAUGAUCGCCAUUGUCUCUGGUCUCAACUCUCCGCCCAUACGCCGGUUGAAGCGGACAUGGGAGCAGAUCAACCAACGGUCGAUGACUAUGUUGGGAGCUUGUGAAAUGACAAUUGACUCUAACAAGAACUUCAGCAAUUAUCGCUCGUUAUUGGCCAGGAUCACCCCUCCAUGUGUUCCCUUCAUAGGUGUUUACCUCACGACGCUCACAUUCAUUCAAGACGGAGCACCCAACAAUAUCCCUGUACCCAACUCGUCCUCUUCCGCCAAUCUGGUCAAUUUUCGCAAGCGGCAGAUGGCGGCCGAAGUCAUUGAGGAGAUCAAGAAAUGGCAGUCAAAGCCAUUCAAUUUCGCCAGAGUUGACACCAUCUACGACUACAUCCAGGAAUGUCUGAACAAGUUCAACACUAUCCCAGAUGUUAGUGAUCUGUUCUGGAACCUCAGUCUCGAGCGUGAACCCCGUGAGAGAGAGGACGAAAAGAUGGCGAGGCUUUUGCAAGAGACCGGCUUCCUAUAAUCGUCCUCGUCAAUCCGAGCCCAUAUGAUCGUAAAUCUGUUGUCAUUGCUUUCGAGAAUAUGUAUUACCUGC